AUGGAUAGACAAACGUUGUUGGAGCAGAAGAGGCAGCGACUCCAGGAGCUUAAGCUGAGGCGUCUGGCAAAUUCCUCACAUUCAACAGAGAUCGAUGAGUUAGUAGAAAGGCUUCUGAGUCCUAAAGUUCUGGUGAGUGUUGGUACUCAAACAGAUGAAAUCAUUGGAUUACAAAAUGUAAACAAGCCCAUAGACCAACCAGUGGAGGACAGCAAAGGAACUUCUACGGAUGGUGGGGCAACAUUGCCUGUGCAACUGACCAAACCAAAGGUGACUUUUGAUAAAGGUGUCCAGGCAGUUAGUGUAGAUGAACUUGAAGAAAGAGAAAGAGAAAGGGAAAGAAUAGAAGAGAAAGAAAGAGAAAAUAAUAGACAAGCACAAGAAUCCCUAACCCUUACUGAGAAGCAGAAUGACCUGGCUGUGACAGAUCCGGAUGUAAUCACUGACCUAGUUGAGAAGUCACUCAAGACUCUCAAUAAGCUUUUGGUUCAGGAAAGAAACGAGCCAGAUGUCUUUACCAACUCCAUUGAUAUGGCGGUAUCCUCGUCUACCUCUGGUACAAUGAAUGGGGAAACCAAUAUACCGUUUCAAAGAUUGAAGUGGUCACUUUCCCAGCAAAAGAGGCCCGUGGUAAGUGUGGAUGUGGCAAUCUCAGAUCCCAACCUUAUAGUUGUUGCCUAUGGACAUCCGAAGGUUCCACUGAUUAGCCUUCCUUCCGGUAGUUCAGAUUCAGACUCCCCUGGAUUAGCGGUAGUAUACUGCGGGUCACCUUCAGUGCAAGAAUUCAUUCUCCUUGCCACUUCAACCAUCACCACAGCAAGAUUCGACGGGCCCCACCGUAUUAUGGCAGGAUUAGCUAAUGGUAAAGUUGUGGUAUGGGAAUUGGCUAACAGACAUUCAGAAAUGGUCAUAUUACCACUGUUAGCGUCUCCGAUAUUAUCCAGUAGUAGUGCAUUGAUGACGGGGAAUUCCCAGUCACUGAAGAUUAAAUUUCGUAACCACAUAAAGCCUAUAACCUCACUACUUCAGCAAGACUCAUCACUGCCAGUAGUAUCUAUAUCUCUUGAUGGAGUCGUCAAUGUUUGGUCUACUAGUAUUCUUGCUGCUCCAAAAGUGUCCCUGGUGCAGUUAUUCAAACCAAAUGAAACAGCCACCAUAAGCACCCGCGAGAAGUUGGCAGUGUCUAGUGCCCUUUUUACCGAUUUUGUGGCUACAAAUAACCGAUCAUACAAAGAGAACAACCCAUAUUUGAAUGGGAUAGUGGUAGGGUGUCAGAAUGGUGAACUUUACCUUGUAGGCACGUCAUCGUCUGAGAAAGAUCACAUCGAGGCAACCACUGCGCUGGAAGGUGAUCGUAUUACACCCCUGGGAAUAUCGUCUUUAAUUGAGCUUCUGCAAACUUUCAGGGACACGAACCUGACUCUUUUACUCAGUACGGGGAUGGAUUGGGGGUUUAAAAUUUGGAAAGUAUUCACCACAAAGAUCACAUUGCAUACUUAUGUCCAGACUGACUAUAUGAUCAUGAAAGCAGUGGCAAGGCCAAAUUCAAAUUUACAAUUUGUUACCAUGGGGUUCAACAAUGCCCCUGUUCUUGAAUUCUGGAGCUUACAAGACAAGCUCAUGAAUCCAGUGACAAGAAUUCCAAUAGAUAUUAGUGACAACGAAGCACCUUUAGUACCGACAACCAUCGAAUUCUCCCCUCUGGGUAACCGUUUAUAUGCUGGGUUCAGUACCGGACAGGUCUUGAUAUGGAAUGUAGACGAGGAACUACUUGGGAAGUAUAUAGAAACGAAAAAGUCUCCGAUAGACACUGGAAUAAGGUUAUAA